CCAUCCGCUUCUGCUUCCGUCUUCCUUUGCUCGAACCAAUACGAUCCCUAAGUAAGCCUUUCCCCCUUUCGAUCGUCGGAGAUUCUUGGUUUAGAAGUUUACGGAUAACUAUUGUUCUAUUCGGCAUUCUUUUGGUGAUAUUUUGAGUGCGUGCGUGGCCGAUCGAUGCGAUGGAAUCGAAGGAAAGGCGAAUGUGGAGGACAUUGACGUCUGUGGAUAAUCAUCAUGACACGUACCCCUCCCCCCAUUUGCUCCGAACCACUUUCCCAACCGCCGUUGGGUUGUUCUCCGUCACUUUGGUUACCCUCGUCGGAACGCGCGCGGGAAUCCCUCGCCCCGACGCCCGACGCCAGCCUCGGUGCCGACUCUGCUCCCGGUUUAGAUCCCAGUGGUGGAGGCAUACACCGUCGGUUCGUGACCUAACUCGUCUGCUUCUGCAGCGUCGGGAGAGAAUCGUCUGCCGUCGACGAUUCCUUGGGGGGAUAACGACGAGACAUGUGACUUCUGCUGCUUGCACGCAGUUAUCAUGUGAUCGACGGAAAGGAGCCUUUACUUAAUGCUCACGACAUACGUAUCUCCGCCGCUGCUCGCCAAACGUCGCCAUAGUAUAUUACGUUCGUGUUUGUCCGUUUCGUUCCACAUACAUAUUCUAUCGGGAGGAGACGCGUGGGUUCGUGCAGGUCACCCGUUCGUCUCCUCCUCCCGCGGGAUCGCCAUUAAUGGCGUAAUUCUGAUUAAGACUACUCUCUUUCUGUACCCGCUAAUCACGAAACGGGUAUGUUAGGGAUUUUUGGUCCAAUUCUUCUUAGAGGUUCCCUUCUCUGCCCUCUAAUCACCUGACGGAUCCAGGACGAGGCGGCAGCGGGGCCACGGGCGACGACGGCGGUGCUGACGCCGCCGCUGUCGCUGGAUGGAGGACUGGCUGCGGAGCACCGCCCCCCCAACCUUCUUCGACGGGUGUUGAGUUUCUUCGGGAGCGUACGGCCAGGAUCCGAUCUCACUCAAUUCCAGUUACCUUCUCUCUUCAACAUGCCAAAAUCACAACUUCAAUGCUAUGGGGAAGCAGUUUACUGUUUCGGUGAGGACUACUUAAACAAAUGUGCCAAAGGAAAGAGCAGCCUUGAAAGGUUUGCUUCGGUAGUGGCAUGGAGCAUAUCAACUACAAGACCCGCAUUAUUUGGACAGGCUCCUUUCAAUCCCAUUCUAGGAGAAACUCAUCAUGUCUCCAGGGGAUCCCUCAACGUGCUCCUCGAGCAGGUCUCACAUCACCCCCCAGUGUCUGCCCUCCAUGCAACUGAUGCAAAGGAUAAUGUAGAACUGAUAUGGUGCCACAAACCAGUUCCCAGGUUCCAUGGUGCAAGUGUUGAAGCUGUAAUCAAAGGAAAGAGGCACCUGAGGCUCUUGAAGUUUGGUGAGAACUACGAGAUGGAUUCACCAAACUUGUUGAUAAAAUUACUUCCAACAACUGGUGCUGAUUGGGUUGGGGAUGUAAGCAUCAGGUGUAAAGAUUCUGGUCUUGAGGCAGAUCUCUGCUAUUACAAGAGCCAUGCGUUCCUCGGAUUUGGUGGCAGCUCUAAGUCUAUCAGGGGAAAGAUAUUUCACUCAAAGACACUAAAAACUAUCUACGAGAUCGACGGCCAGUGGGACAGAAUUGUCAAACUGAAGGAUGUCCACAGCGGGGAGGUCACAAUCUUGUAUGAUGCCAAGAAAGCCAUCUCAGGACUUAAGACUCCUAUUCUGCAGGCUCCACAGAACAUGUGGCCUACCGAAUCAGCUACGGUGUGGAGCGAAGUAAGCCAAGCCAUUUUGAAUAAGGAAUGGGGAAAAGCUUCAGCGGCAAAGCAGAUCAUAGAGGAGAAGCAGAGGAAGCUGCAACGAGAACGGAAAUCUAGUGGGGAACUUUGGGUCCCCAAGCAUUUCACGGUCACCCAUACCAAGGAAAAUGAGUGGGAUUGCUCGCCCUUGGAGCAGUCGGUCCCACCUGCUCCAAUUAUCGUUCAUCCCUGACAAAUAAAAAAGAAAAAAAGAAAAUAAACAGCAAAGGAACAUGAUAAAACUCAAGCACAUUUACCUAUGUAGUUAGCCUCAUCUGUUCCAUUUGGCGCCCAAGCAGCCCAAAUAAGAUUGCCUGGAGCUAGUAUAUCUGGCUUAAGUACAUCAGCAUCCUGAAAGCUGAAAUCUUUUACGUCUGGUCCUCGGGAGGAGAAUAAUGCCACCUGAGGAGCUGAUUUAUGCAGUAUGGGUGCCAAACCAUCAGCUAUGCUGGCUGUCGCAUCGAAACUUAUUGGUCGACCCGCCCAGUCUCUUGUGGUCGAACAGUUGUAGUAGUCAAUAAGUUCCUGAGAUUGAUAAUAUAAGAUUAACAUCAAACCAAAUUCAGAAAAUCGUUGUAAAAUACUGGUUCUGGCAAAUUCAAUAAAUGGUAGGAACAUGCAUUGCUUA